UCAACUUUCGUUGCCCAACAAUUAAAGGUGAUUGAAACUUCACAGCAAAAGUCUUUUGCAUUUAAGCAUGCACAUGGGAGAGAAGCCAGCAAUGUCCCGACAAACAGCCAAUGUUCGUCAAAGCAAUUAGAAAUUAUUGGAGUGAGAAGUUUUGAGACUACUCAUCAAGCUUUCACACAGGAGACACCAAUUACUUUCUGCUUUCAGUGCUUGGCUACCCUCAACCCUUGCAUCGUUUUUCUUGAUUCCUGAAGAAAACAAUGGCGGAAGCCCUCCUUUCUGCGUUCCUUGGAGUCCUCUUUGACCGUCUCUCGUCUCGGGAGUUGCUCAACUUUGCUCGCCGAGAGGGACUUGAGAAAAAGAUGGAUAAGUGGAGCAAAAUGCUGUCAAGAAUUGAGGCUGUGCUUGCUGAUGCAGAGGAGAAGCGAGAUAAUGGCGUGGCAGUGAAGAAGUGGCUAGAUGAUCUCAGAGACUUGGCUUACGAUGUGGAUGACAUCCUCGAUGAGUUCGCCACCAAAGCUUUGCAACAGAAACUGACGGGAGGAAAUCAGGCCAGCACAAGUAAGGUACGGAACUUCAUCCCUGCUUGUUGUACUGGUUUCAAGAUCAACAAUAGGCUGGGGUCAGAGAUAGAGGAGAUCACUGAUCGAUUCAACGAGAUGGUGAAGCAAAAAGAUGAUCUGAAAUUGUGUGAAAAUGUUGAUAGGAGGUCACGCAGAACAAGAGAGACACUGGCGCCAACUUCCGUAGUGACCAAAGCUAAUGUUUAUGGGAGGGAAAAAGAUAAAGAGGCUAUACUUGAAUUUCUGGUGGGUGAAAAAUGUAGGGAUGCUCAACUCUCUGUUAUUCCUAUAAUUGGUAUGGGGGGCAUAGGAAAGACAACUCUUGCCCAGCUUGUGUACAAUGAUGAAAAAGUGCAGAGCUUUUUUGAUAUGAAGGCAUGGGCUUGUGUUUCUGAAGAUUUUGAUGCUGUUAGGGUGACAAAAACAAUUUUAGAAUCUCUCACCUCUGAAAACUGUGAGGGUAAGGAUCUAAAUUGGUUGCAAAACAAACUAAAGGAGAAUCUGAAGGGGAAGAAGUUUUUAGUUGUUCUAGAUGAUCUUUGGAAUGAAAACUACCAUGACUGGAGUAUCUUACGUGCUCCUUUCGAAGAAGGGGCAUCGGGAAGUGCAAUUGUCAUCACAACUCGCAAUGUGGGAGUUUCAUCAAAGACGGGUACCAUUCCAGCUGCUUACUCUCUCAAAGAGUUGUCAAAUGAUGUUUGCUUGUCUAUAUUGGCCCAUCAUGCAUUGGGAACAAAAGACUUCAGUGCACAUCUAAACCUAAAAGAUAUUGGUGAGGAAAUAGUUGGAAGGUGUAAGGGCUCCCCUUUGGCAGCGAAAGUACUUGGAGGUGUCUUACGCAAUAAAAUGGAACCUGAUGAAUGGGAAGAUGUAUUGAAGAGCAAGAUAUGGGAUUUGCCAGAAGUGGGAAGUGAAAUUGCACCGGCUCUUAUGUUGAGCUAUCAUAAUCUCCCUUCACAUUUAAAGAGGUGCUUUAUGUAUUGCUCUGUACUUCCCAAGGACUUUGAAUUUGGGGAGAAACAGUUGGUUAUACUAUGGAUGGCAGAAGGUUUACUUCAACCACGAGAUGAGAGAAAGCAAAUGGAAGAUUUGGGUAGCGAGUAUUUUCACAAUCUGCUGUCAAGGUCAUUUUUCCAACAAUCAUUCAAGGAUGAAUCAAGGUUUCUUAUGCAUGACCUCAUCAAUGAUUUGGCUCAAUGGGUUGCAGGAGAUAUAUGCUUUAAAAUGGAGGAUAGAAUUGGGGGUAAUAAUGGAAGGAAACCUUCUACAAAGGCUCGACAUUCGUCUUACCUAGGUGGUCAAUUUGAUGGCAUUCAAAAGUUUGAGAUUUUUAAUGAUCUCACAUGUUUACGAACCUUCCUACCUCUUAUGCUUCCAUAUCCAGGCGAUUGUUACUUGACUAGUAAUGUUCCUCUUGAAUUAUUGCCAAAAUUGCAGCGCUUAAGGGUGCUCUCUUUGAGGGGAUACAACAUAUUUGAGUUACCAGAGUCAAUUGGUGAUCUCAAGCAUCUACGGUCCUUUGAUCUUUCUCUCACUAAAAUCAGAAGCUUGCCUGAUUCAGUCACCACUCUCUAUAAUUUACAGACAAUGAUUUUGGAGGAUUGUUCUAAUCUAAAGAAAUUGCCUUCAACGUUUGCUAACCUAGUCAAUUUGCGACAUCUCAACAUUCAAGGAGCACGUGCAUUGGAUGCAAUGCCUCCGCAAAUGGGUAAAUUAACUUGUCUCCAAUCAUUGUCUAAUCUAGUUGUGGGAAAAGGUAAUUGUUCUAGGGUAAAGGAGUUAGGGCCUUUGUUGCAUCUUCGAGAGACGCUUUGCAUUUCAGGAUUGGAAAAUGUGAUUAAUCUUGAGGAGGCGAGGGACGCUGGGUUAAUUGGAAAGCACAAUCUCCAUGGGUUGUCAUUGGAAUGGAGUGGCAUAAUAGAUGAGUCACAAGAUAGAAUAAGUGAAUUAGAGGUACUUAACCUACUACAACCCCACAAGGGUUUGAAAGAGCUCAUUGUCAGACACUAUGGUGGUGCAGAAUUUCCAACUUGGUUAAGAAUUCCCUCAUUUUGUAAUAUGAUAGUUUUGAAGAUUGAAAGUUGUGCAAAGUGCACAACCUUGCCAGCAGUGGGCCAAUUAUCAUCACUCAGAGAACUUUUCAUCAAAGGCAUGGCCAGUGUGAAAAAUAUUGGAAGUGAGUUUUACAAGGAAGGUUGCUCACAACCUUUCAAAUCCUUGGAGAUUUUGCGUUUCGAGAAUAUGCAAGAAUGGGAGAACUGGAUUCCUUGUGAAGAAUUUCCAAAACUGCUUGAGCUUUCUUUUAUAAGGUGUCCCAAGCUUGUCGGUAAGUUACCAAACCACCUUCCUUUAUUACAAAACAUUGUGAUAAAUGAAUGUAGGCAAUUGGUGGUUUCAAUUUCAUGCUUUCCAGAGCUAUGCAAACUAAAAAUUGAGUUAUUGGAAGGGGUGGUGCAUAGAGGCAAGGUUGACUUCGGUUCACUAUGGUUCUCGUCUCUUUCAACAAUUUCAGAAUUCACAUGUAUAGAAGGGUUUAUCAUGGAAGGGCUGACAAACGUGGAAGAUUUGAGAAUUGAAACUUGUGAUCAGGAGCUUACUCCUUUGUGGUCAAAUGAUAAGUGGAAGAGCAGCUACAUUUGGGUUGGCCAUCCAAACUCAAAGAAAUCAGGAUAG